AUGCUGACGUACGCUUUCGCGCCCUCUUCGCCGAUGGCCAUCCGUCCCGCGGCGCAGCCGCCUGCGGCGCUGGGAACGGCGCUGGCGCUUGACGACAGGAUUGUCUUGCAGAGUGGGCGUUGCAUUCUCCGCUGCGGUUCCAAUGUCGCAACGGCUGAAGGGCAGAACUGCAGCAGCAGCAGCAAAAAUCAGUCGCUGGAAAUGUUGCAUGACCCGUUGCACGUUUCGAAUGCUCACCGCGUUGUUGGAUGGAGCAUCAAAGAGUGGUUGAAGUUCAUAGGCCCUCACGGGGCGGGCGUCAAGUUCGCGUUCCAGGCGGUUUCUUCUGGUGCACGUUUGGACAAGAUGCGCCCGUCAUUGAAAGGCAUGGACCCGAAUCAGGCGCAACAGUGGCAAGGAGCCACUGCAGAGGCCAACCGGCACAACGUUGACACAUUGAAGGUGUUACUUAUGUUACAGAUGUUUGUCAUAUUUCCUUUUUGA